AUGAUGUUGCAUGACCUCAGGAUAAGCGGUCUGAGUAAACUGAAGGCACAGGAAAAAUUUGACCUGCUGGACGCCGUGGCUAACGUUAGACCACCUUCGAAGAAGCGAGGUGCUGAAGAUAGCGAGAAUUCUGAAAAUGUUGCUCCGUCAAAAAAAUCCAAGCUUUCAAAAACCACAGACGACUCUACAAAGGAGGCCCUACGAAAGCAAAGCGAAAAGCUCUGGCAUUUGCGGAGCAAACUGGAGGCCGAGGUGUCGAAGAACGCGCUGAUUGGUCUGUUGGAGUUCAACGACCAACACGUCCCCACUGGUCUCGCGUCCCUCCUCGACGCCGUCGUCGAUGGCAUGCUGUUCGGCGCCCUCCUGCCCUGUCCCGAGUGCAAAUCGGGCGCGUUGACCUACGAAAACGGCAGCUAUCGGUGCAAGGGCAUGGCCAGCCAAUGGGCGCGCUGCACGUACUCCACCAUGGAGCCUAAGAGACGCGCUUUUAAGGUCCCCAAGCAGUACCACGACGUCGAGUUGCUUCGCACUUACAAGUACAAACCCCGGGUCCGCCUCUUCGCCGGUGACGCCGCGACAGGUGGAGGCCAAUUCGACAAGAAGGCGCCUCUCGCGGGGCUGCACUUCCUGCUGGACCGCGGACCCUUCCACAACGACCUGACACAACGCGACCUCGCCGCGUCCAUCAAGAAGUUGGGCGGGUCGCUGCUGGCCACGGUGAGGCCCUGGAAGUGCUUGCGUGUCUGGGAGCAUCGUCUUCAAAUAAUCUGUCUCACAGUCCUCUUCUUCUUCACUUUCCAGGUGACGCGUGGUGGGGUCUUCGUGACAACACCAGUUGAAGACACGGAGACGAAGUUGGCUGCCCGCGCACGAGGCCUGGCGAUGCGUCCGCUCUGUUCCACGUAUCUGGACAAACUCGCCAAGGCGAAGACUUCGGCGGAGGUGCAGCAGCUGAUCGACCAGAACCCCAUGGCUGCCGCGUGGCGAGACGCCGAUUCGUCAGCUGUAUCGGAGUCGUCCGAUUCGACUGCAACGCGGCAGGGCGAAAUCGAGCGGGAGAUGGUGAAGAUGCGCGUGAAGGGCGGAGCCGUGGUCGAUCCCGACUCGGGAUUGGUAGAUCGCGCGAGCGUUGCCAGGGACGACGAAGGUCGACCGCUCUCCGCCGUCCUCGGUAUGGUGGAUCUGGUGAAGGGCUACAACUCCUACUACCGGUUGCAAGUUCUACGCUCAGACGAGAACCCCCAGAAGCACUGGUUGUUUCGAUCGUGGGGCCGCAUUGGCACCGACAUCGGCGGCAACAAGGUGGAGCAAUUCCCCAGUGUCCACGGCGCGCUGAGUUUGUUCAAGGACCUCUACGUGGAGAAGACUGGAAACGUCUGGGGCACGACCAGGCAGGACUUCAAGAAGGUGCCCUUCCGCUUCUACCCUCUCGAGAUGGACUACGGUGAAGACGACGAGGUCGGCAAGAAGUUGGAGGUUGUCCACCACGUGGAAUCGAAGCUGCAUGUGCGUCUGCAGGCGCUGAUGAACUUCCUCUUCGACGUCGCGUCGAUGAAUAGAGCUCUUCUCGAGUUUGAGAUCGACGUGAGGAAGAUGCCGCUUGGCAAGAUCUCGCGCGUGCAAAUUCAGGAGGCCUACAGCGUGCUUAGUGACCUCUCCAGCCUCGUGGAGGACCACGUCAAGUCCAGCCGACCCAUCGAAGGCUCCGACAAGAGUCGACUGAUCGGCGACACGACGCGGUUCUACACGCUCAUCCCGCACGACUUCGGCUUGAAGUCUCCGCCGUUGCUUGAUAGUCUAGACGUCAUCAAGACCAAGUCCAGAAUGCUGGAAGACCUUUUGGAGCUAGAGGUGGCGUAUUCCCUUAUGAAAACCGGUGACUCCAGCGUCAAUCCACUUGACGAACAGUACGAAAAGCUGAAGAACAAAAUUGAGCCCCUGGAACGUGACUCGGAGGCGUUCAAGCGGAUUGUGGAGUAUCUGCGCACGACGCACGCCGCCACACACUCCAACUACACCCUCGAGGUGGUGGACAUCUUCGACGUGGAACGCGUCGGCGAAGCGGAACGCUACGAACGCUUCCGAUCCCUGGACAACCGCAUGAUGCUGUGGCACGGCUCGCGGCGCACCAAUUGGCCUGGCAUUCUGGCACAGGGACUGCGCAUCGCACCGCCUGAAGCGCCCUCCACUGGCUACAUGUUCGGCAAGGGUGUCUACUUUGCCGACAUGGCGAGCAAGUCGGCCAAUUACUGCUUCGCUUCGCGUGACUCCUCUCGCGGUUGCAUGCUGCUCUGCGAGGUCGCCCUAGGCAACAUGCAGGCCUGCUUCGCCGCCAACGACAGCCGCCUUCGCAAGGGCUUCAAUAGUCGUAAAGGUGUUGGAGCUACUUGUCCCAGUUCCGAGACGUACUACACCGAUCCCACCAGCGGUGUUGUCUACCCCAUCGGGAAACCGGUCACCUCAGCUGACGUCAAGAGCGAUCUUCUCUACAACGAGUACAUUGUCUACGAUCCUGGUCAGAUCAAGCAGAAGUACCUUGUUUGGUUGGAUUUCAAGUUUAAUUACUAG